AUGUCUUCGAUUGAAACAUUUUUAUUUAAAGCCACCAUCGGUUGGCUCGUGAAUAAAGGAAGAGAUGUGACAGCAGAAAAGCUAAAAGAAGGCGACGUGACGGAUAAAAAAGUACGUGAUUUGAUCGUGCGUGAAGUGAAAGAUAUCAAGUCAAAGUUGGACGGAUUAUCAAGAAAGGAUCUCCUGGUAGCUGUUGAUUCCUUUGAAACAGGAGUCAGGUUUUUCUUUCAGGCACUCGAUGUAAAACCUACUGGUGGAGCCAGUACCGCAACAGAAAAGACCUCUGUGGCAAUCAAAGAAGAGAACGUUGACUUAACAGAUGUCGUAAAGGUAGUUUCCUUUGCCUCAGAGAUGGAAAAGAUUCAGAAGAUUGAUCUUGAUGAGGCGACAAAGAUUAAAUUUUCUCAAGCCGAAAAGAGAUUCAAAAUGGCCCGUGAAGAAGCAACAAAAGCCUCCAACAACGAAGCUCUUGAGGUUUUUGACCGGAUCACAGCCAUUCAAUUUCGUGUCAUGGCAGCAAUAUUAGAGUCAGUGGUAGAGACAGCGAGAAUCGCGGGUGUCUUGUCCCCAGAAACUGUAAAGAGUGCAUUGGAAAAUGCAUUAAACGAGUGCGAUCAGUGCCUUCAGAAACUUCAUUGUCUUCCAGCUGUUCAGGACUGUUUUAAAGUUGGACUGGAAAAAGGUCUCCUAAAUUUGAGACGACGGUUUGGUAAAGAUGAGCGAAGAAGGGUAAUUUCCACGGUAUGCCAGGUAAAUCGCGCCAUCUACAAUGCGACACAAGCAGUUGGCAGAGACGCCUUGAUCUGGCCAUUUGUCGACACCGGAGAAGAUAAAGUUGACCCUCUACGCGAUAGAAGAAUACCAAAGGUAUUGCGAAAAGUUUAUAUGGAGCACUGUUGUGUUAAACCAUGGUCAUUAGGUCAGGAGGGUGAAGAGGAGCACAAGCUGAAGAGGCCGUGUGGUAUCGCUACAAACCAUAGAGGACAAUUCCUGAUAGCAGACGAUGGGGAUAAAACCGUGAAGGUGUUUGAUAGCAACGGAAAGUUUGAUUUUAGGUUUAAUCCUCAAACUGAUGACGCCGAUACAGAGUUAGAUAUUUUGGAUGUCGCCACUGCAGGCGAGGACGAAAGGAUUUAUCUUCUGGUCAGACUGAAGAAGCCUGGGGCUGAGGAAUGGGAGAGGGAAGUGCAGGUUUUUAACAAAACUGCUGACCUACAGCACAAGUUUCCUGUGAGGAGAGGGAACUGGAACAGACUAACAGUGAGCAGCGAAUUGAGCAGCGGCAAACAACGCGGCAAAAUUCUCCUGUUGGCACGUGACGAUGUUCAUGUUUACGAGGAGCCGAGUGGAAAGCUUGUUUGUAGCUUUGGUCGAAGAGUGUUCGAGAGGGCAACAGAUAUCACUGCUACUUGUGAUGGUCGCGUCAUGAUAGUGGACUCGGGAGAUGACAGUUUUUACUUAUUUGAUGUGGAGGGACACCAGCUUGGCAAAUUUAAUAUCAAAUAUGAGGGAGAUGUCUUUUUUCGCAUUGCAUGUCACCCGACAAGUGACCAUGUUGUCCUUGCUGGUUUGGAACGAGAGACAGGCUGCCUGACGCUGGCUAUAUACACUGUUAAUGGUGAAUUUGUUCGCAGAAUUCAGCUGGAUGAAGAAGUAGAUUAUGUAAAUGGAAUGACUGUGACCAUGGAGGGUCACAUUGCUGUGGCUUUACAGGAUAUUAAAGACGAAGAUACUCUCCAAGGAAAGGUAAUUGUUGUUUAAAACUAAAAAUUCGAAGACACAAGUCAACAGUUCUUAUUUUACUUUCAUGAAUAAAUGUCAUCAAGGCAGAUGUUUAAAUUUAAUGCUGCAGUUGAUUGGAAUCACUGGACAUGACUGGAUUAAGCCACAUACACUGGCUUAAGUUUACUGAUGUUUGUAGUAAGUCUUGUGUUAUCGCUCUAACCCUCUAACCAAAAGAAACCAAAACAGAUAAAAUGAAUGCGAUACAUGUACAGUAAACACUCGCUAAUAAGAACCUAACUUACAUUUUUUUUUUUUGGAGGUCUGACAAAAAGGUUCAUUUUUGUGGGUACGUUACAGAGUAAUUAAGGCUAAGUACAACUGUAGUUUCUUAAUUAGGUUUUUAAUUUCUAAUAUAUACAUUUAGCCAGGGCUAAAAGCGAAGCUCCUAUUAACUCCAAUUUAUAAUUUAAAUCAAACAACAUACUUGUAUUCCACAAUUCAGUUAACUUUAGAGCACAUUCAUGUGACUUUUGAGGGAAAGGUUUAGUGAUUUUAGAGAAAAAUAAUUUGCAGGAAAACAAAUCAGGCCGAAUUGUUUGCGUUCGACAAUUAAGUUUACUUUACAAAAUCUUUCCAACAAGUCUGGGACGUGUAAACCAUCCUUUUAUACUUUUUAUACAUCACAUCUGAGGUGAAACAGUACCAUGAGGCGCUGUUUUUAUCAUACAGACCUCCGACAGAGUGCAGUAUUUCACAAUUUUGCAAUACAAAUAUUGCACUCAUUCAAUAUUCAGGACGAUCGAAUACGUGUGGGCUUUUAGCGAAUUUAAACCGUUAAAAAAUUUCCAAAAUCACCUACAUGGCUAGCCGGUUCUCACUUUUGACAAGCGCCAAAGUCGACUGUUUAAAUUAAGACUAAUAGAGUUGUACGCUUCAACAUAAUAAAGAAUUUGUUAUGUUUGUUUUUUAUUUAUUUAAUGGUUUUAUAACGAUGUGUACUCUUCAAAAGCGUUUGAUACGCGUGGCAUUUUGACUACUGCAUGCAAGCGAUGUUUAUGAGCGACUAAAAACAAACGGUACAACGAUUAAAAUUGCAAAAGAGACUACUAACAAUCAAUAAAAGGAAAAUAAUUCGGUGAAACAUAUACAGAGACAACUCUUUUCAUUCUCCUGAAAAUCCUUGUUUAUGUUUUAAGCCGGCUUCCCGGUGUUUGCUUUUUUCAAAGAUGAACUCGAGGCAAGAAAAUUGCUCAAAGCUUUCUUUUACAGCCAGAAUUAUAACUAAAUAUUCUUUGGAACGUUUUCUUUCUAUUUUCGGUGAGAAAAUGUCUAAAGGCUUUUUAAAGUUUUAUAAGCUUAUAAUCAAACCUGAUACUCGGUCAGAUCAUUGUCUCAAAUCUUACAAACAUGCAUAAACGAAAUAGCCCCAUAAACUACGCUCGACUUCAUUAAAUUAGAUAUAAAAAACAAACAUCAAAUACAACAAUUACUCAAGCUUACCUCUCGAGGUGCACUGAAAACUAUCAAGUAAGGCCAGAAUCGCUUCAGACUUUUCAACCCUCUUACGCAUCAAGCAAGGUGAAAAACGAAAACGAUGCCAUCCGAAAUCGGAUUUUCAACUUUGACAAGCGACGUAUGUCUCAACCAAAAACCCAACAAACAAACUAGCCAUGAAUAACAGAAGACUCUUGAUAGCAGCUGAAUUUCAUUUUGUACAUUCAAUGGAAAAAGACAGUUAAAAACAUCACAAGUUGACACAAAACUCUGUCAGCUUCAGCUGUCAAAGUGAACAAGUUUCAAGAUGCUGCAUAAAUUUUGCGCAUGAACUCAGCUGUCAAAUUUUGACCAAUCAGAGCAUAAAAAUUUGGACGUAGAGCGUGACCAACGCGUGACCUUGGUGAGAAAAGUCAAAAGCAACUGGCAUGUCUUCCCUGCCUGUAAAAACUGGCUGAAUUUUAGCUUCCGAGGUCAGUUUAAAAUCAAAAUUUUAAUUGUGCGGCACAUAUUAAACUUGAGCCUGCGAUCAUUUGAAAACUAGUAACUUGUCAGCGGAUAACUUCAAAAAGAUACUAGACCUCGAUGGGUCGACACCUGAGCCCGCGAUACGGUCAGGUGAUACUGCUGAGCGGAUACCCUGUUUUGACAGCUGUCAAUUGAUCACAACAUUGAUGUGCAAGAUGUGUGCAAUAUCAGUCUUCCUCUGCUCCCAAACUGGCUAGAAAGUGUGAGAUUUAACAUUGGUUUCCCUGUGGUGCGGACGGACGGGCGGGCUGCGGCGGUGUACGGUCACGUGAUUACCAAAUUUUCUGGGAUGGGUAGAUUUACUUACCCAUGGUGCUCCUCAGGCGCGCUUCGCGCGCCAGAGCUCCGCUAUGAAGGAGAUGUACAGGGUGUCCCAAAAGUUUGUUCCUCUAAUUUCAUGCUCAGUAUUAACUUUUGAUCAAAACUUUAUUUUUACAUGAAAUUUCUCAAAGAUGUUUAUUGCUCUAUCAAGUAGAUGAUUGUAUUCAGAAGUUCAGUAAGCUGCAGGUCCUCUUUUUUUUCUUAUCACAUUCUGUAGCCGUCGUGGCAUAGAGUGGGAUGAGUCAUCGUAGCGUCUAGAGCCCCAUAUGAGCCACUUUUAGCUUUUUCAUCACCUGGUACACAGGAGCCACUUCGACCCCCCAAAACAAUAUCAUUUUUUUUAGAUAAUCUAAAAUAUUUUUUGGCUGCCUAAUUUACGCAGCCAAAAAAAAUGUUUUAAGCAUUCAUAAAAAAAAAAACAUAAUCAUCCCGGCCUCUCUCUGCAGGAAGGUUUUUUUACUUCUUUGCCAAGGAGACUAGCUGAACGUUGCUUGGUGGACUGAGCAAGGCUUUUUUUUGCCAUCUAACUUGCCUCCAACCGUCAUUUUCCAGGAAACUGCCCCAGACUUAGCUUACUAACUGCUGCGAGAACCACCUUGUUAAGUUUCCUUUUUUUUUUCCAACCUAUUUUAGAACUAUUUUAGCUGCAUCCCUCGGAGACCCAGGGGCAGAUAGUGGGGCGGAGAUGAAGUCUAAACGGGCGGAAAAACAUGGCACGAAGAAAGUCGAAAAGAACGGUUUCCUGAUUGGUGCCAGAAAACUUGUGUUUUUCUGGCACCAAUCAGAAGCCAGAACGGCGGCGACCGUUUGGAACUUGUCUGGUAAGACAUUGUCCCCAGGGGCUCUUCUCACCGUUCUUUACUUUUCUUCGUGCCAUAUUUUUCCGCCCGUUUAGACUUUCCCUCGUCCCCACUAUCUGCCCCUGGGUCUCCGAGGAUGUUUUAGCUGCUUUAUUCAGGACUUUAUGUUCUCCAGCAGCUUCUUAAACCACAGUUUCUUAUUAGUGGGUGUGUGUUUACUGUGAGUACAGUAACAUUCUUUUGUUUCUUUAACAGUUGGUGGUAUAAUAAUAUUUUUGUUUGUGCAGAAUGGAAAAUAAUACAAUCCAGAUUCAGUUGGUUUACAAAAACAUCCUCAUCAUUUACCAGCUUCUCUAUAACUCUUUUCGUUAAAGAUUCAGGUUUUUAAGCUUAAAAUGCUCUACAUUGUAACUCAAUUGCAUGCCACAUCAAAAAACACCUUUGAAAUCUUCUCCAGGAAAAAUAUUUUAUGAUGCUCCCACUUGAUUUAAGCAGCCAAUAAUGUGAUAACCCAUAAUAACCCAUGCAACCAGCCGUCUUUUUGGUACAGGCGUGCAGGCUCAUUCCCAAAACAUCGGCUGGUAAUCAAGCCUAUUAGUAAGAUAAUUAAGAUUUUAUUCCAACAAUUUUCACUAAAUAAAGCAUAAAUAGUUUCUGGGCUGUGGUUUUCCCCAGAUUUUCAGGCAAAGCCUGCCUCUCUCUUUAAUCCUAAUGACACUAAGCAAGUGAUCCAGAUUUGAAACUGCCACAUGACAUACGUACAGUGAUAAGGAGAGAGGGCUCCUUUCCGUUGACAAGCAUUCCUCAAAACUGUUUUUGCUUAACUGUAAUCAAUCCUGCUCGUUAAAAAUUCUUUUUGGGCAGGUUAAAGUGUCUAUUGGGCUAGCACAUGCUAGGUACAGCUUGUCCAAAUGGUAAGCUGUGACAAAACUGACUUUCUUAAUAAACCCUGACAGAUUCAUGAUUUGCAUGUGAAGUAAUAGAAAUGUAACUUAAUAUUAAUGACAAUUUUGUUCUGUCUUUGAACUGUUUUAAUAAUAAAGUUUGGCAUCUAAAUCACAGGCAAAAAAACACACUGUUGGCCUUAAUUAAAAUUAAGUUUGGCUUAUGAAAACUUCGACUGCUUUGCAGAUCGGCCGGUAGCCUGCUAUAUUAGUAAAGAAUGCAUGAUUAAAUAUUAUUUGGUAACUUAACAAUUUCUCUUUAAACUGUUUUAGGUUUGGCUUUAAAUUUUCUGUAGGCUAAAUCAGAGAUAUACAUACAUUGUCUUUUAAUUUGGUUGACCUGAAUUGAAAUAUUAAGCUUGACUGUACUGGCUUUUAAUGUUAGUAUACAGCUGUAAGUGAAACUCUCCAGUGAUCACCUUAAAGAUGGAGAUCUCUUAAGUGUUUAUUAUGGGGAGAUAGGUAUAUAAAGCCUGGUUUCCAUAUGAUCGUCCCGAUCGCCCCAGUCAUUUAAAAAAGUUUGGAGAUAAUCCGGACAAGUGGGACGAUAGGUGGUUUCCAUGUGAUCGUCUGGGUGCCUCAACAACAAGAGACACGGGGUGUCAUCAGCGAUGUCUCUUGGUUAGACAAUAGAAUUUUUGUGUGGGUGUCGCAAACAAGCUAUACUUACAUGUAAUGAUGGAUUUUAAAUGGAGAGCAAACCUCAAGCUUUGCUAUCUGCUUUUUCUCUCUAUUUUGUGGCGUCAACAAGCUUGAAGUCAGUUCCACAAAGACACAGUAUCACAUCUAGAACUUGAUGAAACAGAUUUUCUCUUUAGUUUCAAAUAGCGCCCAUACGUGAUGUGAACAUUUUUGAAUUAUUUUUGACUUCAGCGGCAUCCAGGCCGAAUAUAUUCUAAAUUAAUGGAAUAAUAGUGAUGAUUUCUGGGAUAGCCUUCGAUCGUCCUGAUAGUCACAGUCAUCUGAGAGCAUUUCCAGAUCACUUCAAAAUUUACAUGAUCCUCCCAAUAGAGAUUGUCUCAGUCAUCCGGGUCAUUUGCGAUCGUCUGGGUAGCAUUUUCACAUGAUUGUCCGGAUUGUCUGAACAUUAUUUGAGUCAACUGCGACAAUCACAGCACAGCCAAAAUGUGUUAAUGACAGUGUUAUCACGGACAGACAUAAUCAUGGAAAAGCUAUAAUAUUUAACAAUUAUUCCACGAGGGCACGUUGGAUAUGAGAUGAUAGAUAGCCAACGAGGCGCAUAGCGCCGAGUUGGCUAUAAUCAUUUCAUAUCCAACAAGCCCGAGUGGAAUAAUUGUUUUAUUAAAACGCCCACAAAAUCUCGUUGAAUCGCCCCGACUAGAACAAACCGGAAAAGACAAGGGACUUCCGCUAUUCUCAUGUCACACGUCUAUCAAAACUGUCAACGCGCGAACGGACUCGCCUAGACUGCAUGAAUGAAAAUCAAAACAUUGUAGCGAUGAACAUUAGUUUUUUAAAAACUCAUCGUGAUUCUAGGAUUUUACACAGCAGAACAGCUUAAAAAACCUGGCAGAUAAUGUGAAGGAAAGGAAUUUUUAAGUGAAAGCCGUCGAAAUUACUAUGAAUUUGGAUUUUCGGUGCAGUUAUAAAAGUAAGAACAACGGAGAAAAACUACCAGUAUUACCUCGGUCGCUUGUUAUGAAGUUGUUUGAAGCCACAAGCUGGUUUUGCUGAACGAGAAAAGAAGCUAUACUGCCGCCUCGAUUGCUCUAGUGAAUGGCUGCAUAGCCUGUAUUUGUAGCUCGUUACUUGUGAUUUAUGUUCUUGAUGUCGGGUAAAUAAGCUGCAGUUAUCUAUCGGCGAGUGACUCGAUCGGCGAAUGGCUUCGCGAUCAUGAAGAAACAACACUUGUCUUCUUUCGUAGCUGGUCAAGGUACUUUAGUUCCAUGUGUUUUUCGACAAACUUUCAAACAAGCUCUUGUGGCUUUUUUGUUUGUUUUUGUCUUUUUUCUUUCGUUGAAAUUGCAUUUCUAGUAUUCUAAGAAAUGAAUUAAAACGAUUUGCUUCGGGCGCCGUUUUAUCCUUCGUGAAAAAAGAUCUCAGCUAGCUUCCAAUUUUAAACUGACGAGUACACCGACUAUAUAUGGAGAACAUGGUAUAUUAGCUCAUAUACCAUAACGGCUAAGCCAAUCAAAAUGCUAGAAUUGCAUUAUCCAAUGAUUCAGUUUUUAAUAAAAAUAGUUAUAUAUAUGAUUAUAAAAGAAAUGUGAUUUUUCUUGGCCAGGGGAAAAUCAGAAAACUUUGCAAGUGGUCAGGAAAAGACAUAGGUGUUGUGAAGGUCUGUAAAGAGUGUCGAGCCGCAAAGUUUAUUUUCUGGUAAAAUGUUUUCAGAAAACGCAGUCAAAAUCAUUUUAAAAAAGUCAAAAACGAAGAGUAGAGUAAUAUAGAUUUUUUUUGCGGGAAAUUUUUUUAGGAGUUUCUCAGCUGCUGAUAAACUCUAAUAAACUCUAUUGAAUAUAAUUAUGAACAACAACCAAAAACAAAACCUCAGGAAAAAAAGUUGUUUAGGGAGCAAAACAAAGCGAAUAAGGUGUUGACUGAGAGUUUAUACUUCAAGUUGUUUUUUUGCACAUUAACUUGAAAAGUUGCUAUGACAUCAUUGCCUAUAACAAAAUGCUGCCGUUUAAAUACUAAAAUACGUUUAACUAUGGUAUGUUUAAGUGGUUUUGAACUAUGUUCUCGUUGGGUGCCCCUGCCACCACUUCUUCUUGUUCUUUCUCUUCAAUUUGAACUAUUUCCUCUUCCGUUUGCGUACCGGCAUCUGCUUGGGUAAUCUUCGGGAAAACAUAACAUUGUUACCUGCAGCAUCCUUUUUCUUUUUCCUGUUUGUCACUGUCAGCGACCACAUCUCCCGUAAACCACGCUGUCGCUUUUCUGCCAUUUUGUCGUGUUCUUGGAGACGAAAUGUGGCGUUUUCUAUAGUGGCUUCAGAAACCGCUAACUACAAUGUUCCCUGUAACUGAGACCCAGUCUUCGACUCGUCCUCAACGUUUACUCAACGUAUUACGCAGAGAACGUAUUUUAAAAGCAGACUCAAGCGAUGUUUUGGCGAAAUUCUCCAGAAAAAUUUCAAGUUUGCUUGCUCGCAACAGCUUUGUGAACACUUACCACUUUUUAUCAAAAGUUUUAUUUAUCAUAUAAUUUACCUAAGGGAAAGUAGGCGUCGCAAAUCAAAAAGUUGCCGUCGGAUGCGACGGCCGACGGCUGAUUUUGAAAACACUGUGUGGAAAAAAUGAAAAAUAUUAAUGUAAACAUGCCUAUUAGUCUGUUAUUCAUUUAAUAAAGUUAUAAGCAAUAGAUGUUCAUUAUUAAUUGGAUAAACCUAGCCUGGUCACGUCCAGUGAAGCCAACCAACUGUAUACAUGUAGAAAAAAAUGCAAAACUUUGCGUUUGAUGACAUUCAGUACGAAAAAAAUCUGCACUGUUCACUUACUGUUGUGUCUUUGAGUUUAUUAGUUUUAAGCAACAAUUGAUAAUGAAGGGUGUGUGAAAAAAAAUAGUAACAUUUUUUAGAUUUUUAGGUAUUUUUAGGUUUUCAUGCAUGUGAUUUGAUAGACUGCAAUUUUUAUCAACAUGUAUAUAACACUAAAUAGUCUAUGCAUUUGGGUGGGACACGAAUUUUCAAUAUCUAGAUUAACAUAAUCAAGAAGCCAGUUAGGAAGGUCUAAAUUCCUUGUUGAGCAAUUAAGACAACAAGAAAAUGGCAGGGUGAUUUUAUUAAAUAGUUGAUGUUAGUUUAUACAAGUGCCAAACUUUCCAAUUACUUUUUAGGGGCAGUGUCAUCAAGGUUUUGUGUUACUUCAAAAUCCAACAAAUGCAUAA